UCACGGGCGGCGCUCCGCUCAAGAUGGCGGCCUCCGUGUGCGGCCGGGGGCUCGGGCCGCGGGUGCUUUCCUGGGGCCGCGCGCUGCCGGGUGCCUGGCGCGCCCUGCACCUCUCCGCCGCGUGCGCCAAGAAUCGGGCGGCCCGGGUCCGAGUGGGCAAAGGGGACAAGCCGGUGACCUACGAGGAGGCGCACGCGCCUCACCACAUCGCCCACCGCAAGGGCUGGCUGUCGCUGCACACAGGUAACCUGGACGGGGAGGACCACGCCGCGGAGCGCACGGUGGAGGACGUGUUUCUUCGCAAGUUCAUGCUGGGCACCUUCCCCGGCUGCCUGGCCGACCAGCCCGUCCUGAAGCGCCGCGCCAACCAGCUGGAGGUCUGCGCCCUGGUCCUGAGGAAGCUGCCCGCGCACAAGCUCUACUUCCUCGUGGGCUACAGCGAGGCCCUGCUGUCCCACUUCUACAAGUGCCCGGUGCGUGUGCACCUCCAAACUGUGCCCUCAAAGGUUGUGUAUAAGUACCUCUAAGGUACCUAUAACAGCGCGCUCUGUUCUGC